AGUUAAGGCGUAGACUGUGUUUAACAAAAGCGUGCAACCUAAUUCGCAAAUGUAUGCGCACGCGCUGUAAGAAGGAGAUAGGCUAAGUUGUGUAACAGUUCGCCAUCAAAUCUUCUCCUCUAUUCUUUUCCCUGUCACUUACGAUCCGACCCCUACUACUACAGUGCUCGACUAGAGAACGUCAAGUCAAAAAUGGCGCACCUAUUCAACCCUGCUCGUGCAGCAUUACGCUCUUCCGUUCGUGGUUCGAUACAAUCUUCCGUUAGACAUGCUUCUACUCAAGCAGGUGGUGCUGCUAAAGCUCCUUUCUUUGCUUCUCGUACAGCAGCUUACGGUUCUACAGCUUUGGCUGUAGGAACAAUGGCUUGGUACGCUCAAAUGUACGGAAACGGAUUACCAUUCGUACAAGAAGCAAGUGCAAACAUGAUCGAUGAAGGUUUGCAUCCCGCUCACUACCCUUGGUCACACAACGGUUCAUUCGAAACAUUCGAUCAUGCUAGUAUUCGUCGCGGUUACCAAGUAUACAGAGAAGUUUGUGCAGCUUGUCACUCUCUCGACCGUAUCGCAUGGCGUAACUUGGUCGGUGUUUCCCACACUGUUGAUGAGGCAAAAGCAAUGGCUGAAGAAGUUGAAUACGAAGAUGGACCAAAUGAUGAAGGAGAGAUGUUCCAAAGACCCGGAAAGUUGGCCGAUCACUUGCCAGCUCCUUACCCAAACUCGGAAGCCGCUCGCGCUGCAAACAAUGGUGGUUUGCCCCCAGAUUUGAGUUUGAUCACCAAGGCAAGACACGGUGGCGGUGAUUACAUCUUCGCUUUGCUUACAGGAUACACAGACCCACCAGCAGGAUACGAAGUACCUGAAGGAUUAAACUUCAACCCAUACUUCCCAGGUACAAAGAUUGCAAUGGCCCGUGUCUUGUACGAUGGAUUGGUCGAAUACCCAGAUGGAACACCCGCAACUACAUCUCAAAUGGCAAAGGAUGUCGUCACUUUCUUGAGCUGGGCAUCUGAACCAGAACAUGACCAAAGAAAGAAGAUGGGUGUACAAGCAUUGGCAAUCAUCUCUACAUUGUUCGCAAUGAGUAUUUGGGUCAAGAGAUUCAAAUGGUCAAGUGUGAAGAGUCGUAAGUUGAUCUACAACCCACCCGUCACACACAAUUAAAUAUCAAAAUAUACAACAAGGUGAGGGAUGUCUCUCAUGAUGAGCGUUACAUUAUCCUCCCUCGUUUCGCCUCUUGUCAUUUUGUACCUUUCUCCUUGACUUUGGCGUGUAAUUACACAGGC